AUGAGCAUCGAGAAACCGCCGCCCAUUCCUCAAUGGUUUUUAGAUCACAACGUGAAGCUGCAGACACAGUCAGUCAAAACUAAUACCCCCAACGGCAGGGCGAGACAUACCAAGAAUCUGCGCUGCAUAGAUAAGGAAACUGGCCACAUCCUCUUCACACUGCCUUAUUACACUGCGUCAGAAGAAUCAGAAGCUUCCCAUUCAAAGAAGAAGGCCAAGUCCGAACAGACGGAUGUCUCUGAGAAAAAGCCGCUGGAGCGGAGCUUUUUUGACAAUAAGUUCGAAGGACCACAGAGGACGGCAUCGCCAUCGAAACCUGAUCUAUCAGACGCCAAAGCGGAGUCACCGAAAGAGGCACCCAGAAACAUUGUUACAGAUGAGGAGCCUUAUGAUUUGCUUCGGUGGGCAAUGUUAGAAGCUGAGACAAGUGUUCGCGCAGCUUUUGAUAUGGCCGCACUGAGUGGGGGGCCUCAUUCGGUAGCCACAAGCAGACUUGAUGUGUCGCUAGUGUGCCCAGACUCCCACGCGCAUGAUAAAAUGGAUGAUCUCGUUGAGGAUCUGGCGGAUAUAACGCAGGCGGACAUUGUUCGAAUUGAUGCCAACGACGUUUCCGAGCUUGCUGCUGGGUACAAGGGAAGCGGCUCAGAUUUUACUGAGCCCUUUUCCAAUCUAGCCUAUGAGGUAUUCGAUGGGUACGCCUUCGAUCCAAGGAAGCCUGGUCGCGUUGUAGAAGAAGAGGAUGAGGACGAGAUGGACGAAGACGAGGGGGAGGAUGAAGAAGACCCUCGCACUGGAACUGACCAUAAUCCUCGACCAGGAAGUCUACUCGACAGUCUUAGGAAAGCACUCUACAGUCGACGUCACCAAUUGAGUAAAGCACUGGGCAAGGACGGUGUUGCAACUCUUCCAAUAGAGAUGACAGUGUCUAGCAGAAUGGCGCCCGGCUCCCAAAGCACCGGCUUUCGCCAUGAGAAAAGGCAGGAUGCCAUCGAAUGGUUGGAAGUACGUCUACAAGCGCUUUUGCAGAGCCUUCUCGAUGCGCCCAGGAUUAAGCGCGUGUCGACGUCGACUCACGGUGUUGGAAACUUUGGACACCGGAUUUCUCUGGAUUCAGACGAUCGCAGGCCGCAGGGUAGCUUAGCGUCUGGAGAGAAAGCGCCCCGGGCGCCUCACAGAGAACUGAUCCAAGACCCAUAUCAGUGGCGCUCUCACGUUACAAACAUUUUGAAUUCCUAUCUAACCGAUCAAUCUCGUCGCGAGAACGAUAACGGGCUCUCGCUCGAGUUGACCCCUCACGAUAAUGACAUCUCCCAAACUGGCUCGUCUGGCAGGACCAUUGUUCACGUCCGCGACUUGAAGGAUUUUUGCAAUUCCAAGACAGGCGAGAUGGUGCUUCGCAAUCUAGUUUCCGUCGUGCAACAGAGUCGCGUAGCUGGAACGAAGGUCGUCAUCGUUGGAACGACGGCGCGAGACGCCGGAGCCGGGCCCUUCAUACCCUUUGACUCAACAAUCGACGAAGACGGCUUUCGAAAGAUCCAGGUGCAGCCAUGGUUUGAUGUAUCAAAAGAAGAGCUCUUCCAAUACGGGCUUGUCGGCGAUGCGCUGGAGUUGAAAGGAUGUCCAGAAACGUCAUACAGAAGGAUUCUCGAGAUCAAUCUGCGACAUGUGCAGUCCAUGUUACGGCAGAUGCGACCAGAAGACGCCGUUGAUUUGUUCAGUGACGGGGCUCAACGCCAACUCAAAUUGGUCAACCACAACCUUCUGGGCCAGAAAGUGCUUUCCUUUGACCUGGUUCAAAGGCUUGUUCUUACCGCCAUAGGGCUUUCGCGGACAUACAUGGAGUCCGAUGUCGUCAAUGCAGGCCAUCUGGCGCUCGCAGCGUAUGUCACAACGAUGUCUGACCAAAAAGAGCGAGAUUGGAUGAGUAUGAAAUCUCACGCAUCCACGUCAGCGACACAUGUCGACCCAGAGACGAAGGAAGGUCUCAGUGCCGACACGUUGGGGCCUGCCAAGGCACAGGCGAAGAUUGAUAAGCUGAAGAAGAGCUGCAACACUCACGAAUCGAGACUACUUCCAGGUGUCGUCGAUGCUCAGAACAUCAAGAUCGGAUUUAACGAGGUCCACGCACCCACGGAAACGCUGGAUGCACUCAAAACGCUAACAUCUCUCUCCCUGCUAAGGCCUGAUGCGUUCAAGUAUGGCGUCCUCGCUGCCGAUCGGCUGCCCGGCUUGAUGUUAUACGGACCGCCCGGUACCGGCAAAACAUUGCUGGCCAAGGCAGUGGCGAAGGAAUCUCGGGCUACGGUGCUCGAGAUCAGUGGCGCGCAAAUCUACGAGAAGUAUGUUGGGGAAGGCGAGAAGAUGGUCAGAGCCGUGUUUAGCCUGGCGAAGAAGCUGUCCCCAUGCAUCGUGUUCAUCGAUGAAGGCGACGCCAUCUUUGGCAGCCGGAGCAGUGCCGGCAAUCGGAAUACUCAUCGAGAAAUCAUCAACCAAUUUUUGAGGGAAUGGGAUGGGAUGGACGCCAACCACAACGUCUUCAUCAUGGUGGCGAGCAAUCGGCCUUUCGACAUCGACGACGCGGUUCUCCGAAGACUGCCCCGCCGACUGCUGGUCGAUUUGCCCGUCGCCAAGGAUCGGGAGUCCAUUCUGAAAAUCCACCUCAAGGACGAAGCGCUGGACGAGACGGUCUCGCUUCCCGACUUGGCGGAACAGACACCGCUGUACAGUGGGUCUGAUUUGAAGAAUCUCUGUGUCGCAGCGGCGCUCGCAUGCGUGCGAGAGGAGAAUGAGCUCGUCAACUCGAAGCAGGACAGUCCUGACUUCAAGCUACCUGAAAAGCGAACGCUGUCCUCUCGGCAUUUUGAAAAGGCGAUCAAGGAGAUCAGCGCGUCCAUCAGUGAGGAUAUGAGUUCUUUGACGGCGAUCAGGAAAUUCGACGAGCAGUAUGGUGAUCGCAGAGGCAGACGGAAGAGGCCGGCGUACGGAUUUGGCAUGGGUGAUGGGAGCGUUGACGAGAGUGCGGCGAGAGUGCGACAGUCGCCUCCUCCGCCGUGA